AUGCAGUUUGCCACCAGCCUCCUUUCCCUCUUCGCCCUUGCGUCCAGCGUGCGCGCUGCUCCUAGCCAGACUGUAGAGGAGCGUCAGAACGGCGCCCGUAUCUACGCCAAGUUCUUCAGCGACAACGCCUGCCUGGGCACCUGGGUCGAGGACACUGUCUGGCUUCAGGAAGCUGCUGGCGGCUGCAUCGAUGUCAACAUUCCGUUUGCCUACAACAGCACUUUGAUUGCUGACAACCUUGCUACCCGUGCUCUUCGUGCGUACAGUGUCGAUGGAUGCAACGAGAACGCUGGCAACUGGUUCGACGUCCCCGCUGGCAUUCAGCAAUGCUACAAGCAGCACAUUGAGUCUGUCAAGUUCUUGUAA